UAGAAAUGGAUAAUUCCAGGAAGGGCUCAAGGAGAGGCUCUUUUGAAGAAUCCCUCCAGUCCCCGGCUAGCAAGAGAAGUUAUUACCAUAAGAGCGUACGGUCAGGAGGGGAGUAUAUGAAUAGAGGACUUGAGAAUCUGAAUAUUACUGGGUCACUUUAUAAUGAGAAGGUUGAAGAGGCCAAAGGGAGUUUUAUAGAUGAUGAGAGGUCACCGAAAUUACGUAGAAAGGUUGGAGAGUAUGCCAAUUCUAGUAAAGAUAUAUUUGGAAGGCCUUUUACUUCGAAUCAAGCUAAGAGAGUUGCAUCGAUGAAGAGACCGAUUAGGCCUAGUACUUCAAAGCCAGUGAAGCAGCACUUAUUGAGAAAGGGUCGUACAAAAGUUUUAAGUCAGGAAGAAUACUUCGAACUUCAAAAUUCUGAGAAAUAAACGUGUAAACAGAAAGUCAAUAGGAGUUAGCCAAGUGUCAAGACCUCCCAACUGAAUCACCAUCCUAGACAAACCAACUCCCCAAGAAGUGCCUCACGAAGAGACCAAAACCCCCGACUACGCCCUCGAGAAAAAGGCCUCUCUCGUACAAGACAAAACAGAAAAAGUCGAAAAACCCAAGAAGCACAAAUAAAAACAAAAAAGAAAAGAAGAGCAAAAAGAGUAAGUCCAGGACUGACAGGAAGAAAAAGAAGAAACAUAAACACAAGCACAAGCCGAAGGAGAAAACCAUCCAAGAAUUAGUCGAGGAAUUUAACUUUGCCGCUGCCACUCAGGACAACAGAGAAAGAGCACAUUUUGACAAUGGAGCUGAGGGUAUAUUUUUAAGAGUUUAUUGACUUAACAGAGCACUGGAUUGGCUGGGAUUUGGACUCUAUCAUUGAUCAAUACAGGUUUAUAGUCAAGAGUAUUAUUAUGGUGGUCAUGACUCUGAGAUUACGGGUAUUGUUGAAACGGAUAUUGGGAAAAGCACCAAUUUGUACCUUAAAGAGACCCUCCUGGUGGGAUAUACUUAUUAUGAUGCAGAUGAUGUUGAUUUGAUACUUGACGAAUUUGGCAAAUUUUGGCAGGGGUGACUCUAUGAUCCCUUCAGACAUAACUGUAAUGACUUUGCAAGAGCAGUUAUACAGCAUUUAGCUCACGAGGAAGGAUGAUAUGAGUUUCCUGAAUACGUUAAUAGAUUCAGUAAAUUUUCUUCAGUCUUGAGAGUCUGGUUUCAGCCUCUUAAAAACCUGUUCGGUGAUAUUGUCAAUGCUCCGGAUGGUAAAGAUGAAGGAGAAGGUAACGGUGAAGAACUAAAAGGAGAUAUCGAGCAGGGAGUUUAUUACCAAGAAAGAAAAGAUGAUGAAUAUGAAGAAGUAAUGACUGAGGUAAAAAGGCUAACAGAAAAGUACAACUCUUUUUAUCUAACUGGGUUCUAUGAAAACUCAAAGAAUACUGCAAUUGAAGUGAUAGAUCUCCUUUCUAGAUAUUCUAACGCUAUUGAUGAAAUAAAAGAUAUCCGUCUAGCAACACUUUUCCAUCUAGCAACUUGUUAUCAGAAACUAAAUGAGAUUGAAAGAAUUAUCGAAUGAUGCACUGAGUGAAUCUCCAUUGAUCCCUACACAAGCAAGUAUUACGUUAAAAGAGGCAAAGCCUUAGCCAAUUACAUGAGUGAUUUCUCUGGAGCACUCCAAGAUCUCAACGAUGCCUAUGCUCUAGAUCCUUCAGAUCCAGUCAUUAGUGAAGAAAUAAAGAAAGUAUGAGAAAAGCUUGAGAGAGAAAAUGAGGAUAACAACAUCGGGAAUCCUAAUUAACACCCAUUUUCAAUAAUUU